CACAUAUGCGGUUGAGCGUUGAGGUUUCUGUUCAUUGUAGAAAUUGACCGCCCACCCGCCGGGACAAGGUGCCGUACAGAUAAUCCGGUGGAACGCGAUGUUAAUUCCGGCGUCUAUCUUGGCUGCCUCUUCCUCCUCCCGAUUCAGCGUGAGGGGCCAGGGCCAGAUGCGGGGCCUCCCUUCCCUUCCCUUCCGUCCGGUCCCCAUGGGCCAUGGCGUCGCCCGCUAUGAUUUCUUGGCAAACCACUCGCGCCGUUGCCUCUUAAGCCGGGGUCGCCCCCUCUCUCCAGUCUCCACACAGUCCACACGCACGGCUUCCCUCUCCUCGCCGCCGGAGGCGCGCCGCGGAAGACGCCACAAUGAGUUUCGUCCCGUCCGUUGGCGCACUAGAGGAUGCCCUGCCUGACCCUGCACUGCAAUCCGUCGCCGGGUGCUGACCAGGCGAGCUCCUGAUUCGGAGCCAUUUUGCGGGGUUCUUUUGGGGGGCCCCAUCGCCGUGCUUCGUUUCCCUGCCCGCCUUGGCCGUGCAUUAAUACCCGCUUCCUUGUGAUAGUCCUCUCCCUCCCUCCCUCCCUCCGCCCUCACUUCCCACUCACCUCGCGCUCGUCGCCUCGGCUGGUUCGGUUCUUGGGAGUGUCAGUCUGCUGCCGGUUGCGGUGACCGGCACCGGCACGUAGACGCAGCACUUCUCGGAGACCAUCUGUCUGCGCCGUUCCGAUGGGUUGCUUCGGGUGCUUUGCGCCGGAGGUGGAUGAGGACCUCAGGCCCUCCAAGCACGACGAUUCGUCAGGGGCUGAUGCGAGGAGGAAGGUCGCGCCGGAUGUGGCCAGCGGCUACGCGCACAGCUUCACCUUCAAGGAUCUGCUUGUGGCAACUGGCUACUUCAACGAGGCCAAUUUCAUCGGAGAAGGUGGAUUCGGGAAGGUGUACAAGGGCAAGAUCAACGGACAGAUGGUGGCAGUGAAGCAGCUCGCUCGAGACGGCGUGCAGGGGAGGAACGAGUUCUUGGUCGAGGUGCUCAUGCUUACAGUGCUCAACCAUCGCAACCUUGUCAGCUUGGUCGGGUUCUGCGCGCAGGGGGACGAGAGGCUGCUGGUCUACGAGUACAUGCCGUUCGGAAGCCUGGAGAGCCAUCUGUUUGACGUGCCUCUCGGCAAGAAACCACUCGACUGGAACACGCGCGUGAGGAUAGCCGUGGGAGUCGCGGAAGGGGUUUCCUACCUGCACAACGUAGCCGACCCGCCUGUGAUCUACCGCGACAUGAAGGCCGCCAACAUUCUGCUGGGCGAGGACUUCAGCCCGAGGCUCUCCGACUUCGGGCUCGCGAAGGUCGGGCCGGUUGGAGACAGGACUCACGUGUCCACGAGAGUCAUGGGCACCUAUGGCUACUGCGCUCCUGACUACGUCGUGAGCGGCAAGCUCACCAUGAAAUCCGACAUAUACAGUUUCGGCGUGCUCCUGCUGGAACUGAUCACGGGGAGGAGGAUCUACGACGCCUCGAGGCCUAAACCGGAGCAGAGUCUGUUGACAUGGUCGAGGCCGUUCCUGCAUGACAAGAGGAAGUUCUACAGGCUCGCUGACCCGGCUCUGCUGGGCUGCUACCCGUCCUCGGCACUGAACCAGCUGGUCGUGAUCAGCAUCAUGUGCCUCCAAGACCAGCCCCACGUCCGCCCGAUCAUCUCCGAUGUCGUCAUAGGCCUGAACCACGUCGCGAGCCAGCCAUACACCGCUGAGCGCCCGCCGCCCGCGUCCGUGAGCUCCCCGGUGGGCAGCGGGUCGCCGCAGCUCGUCAGGACGCCGUCCAGAAGGAGAGGCGGUACUGGUAGGAGGAGCGCGCAGUGCGCUUAGGGCUUAGGCCCACAGGCUGCAUUGUUGCACGCAUGUCUCGAAGAGCAGCAAGAUACGUCGUCAGCUCAGUCAGAUCAGAUGAGGCCGGCUAGGAGGAGGGAUGUUGAAAUUGAUGAAGCCGGCAAGUUCAGUUCCGUUUAGCCGGCCGGAGCCUUUUUGAUUGGAGCGGCGGGGUCUCGAGUGAGUGACCUCUGCCUUGACAGGGAGAUGUAGCGAGGCUGAUGGUUAGGAAGGAGAGUUCAGGUUGACUAUGCAUGACUAAUGCUCUUUUCAUAUGCUUCUUCAUUGUUGUUGUUGUUGUCAGUUUUGAAUUCUGUAGGCAGUGUACAUAGGAUCAGUGUCCUCUGUAGGGGGGUCGUGGGAUGUUCAUCAUCAAUUCACCAGCCAUGUACAGAGCUGCCAUGGCUGGCCUGUAGAUGCAAUAAGAAGUUCACCAGGGUUUAAGCUUAAGAGGCAUAUCACAUGUUGGUCA